GAAGGAAGGGAGCGAGGGGGGAAGGGAGGAGGGAGGGAGAGCCAUGGAGAGCGGGGAGCCCGACGGAGGGCCGGAGCAGAGCCGGGGGGCCAAGAAGAGAGCCGCCGGGGAGCGGGAGGAGGAGGAAGAGGAGGAGGAGGAGGAGGAGGAGAGCAGCAGCGAUGGCCGCGGGCGGAGAGAGGCCCUCUGGACGCCCGGCAGGGGGCGCCUCAAGCCGGGCCUCGGUUCUCAUUUUGAUAUGGAGAGCCAGAGGACGUCUGUUCUCCACAGGGUGGUCAGUUUUGCCCCUGAUCCUCUCCCUGCCAGACAGUAUGAUACGAAGACCAGUGAGCCAAUCAGCUUCUACCUCUCAAAUUUGGAAGAGCUGCUCGCCUGGAAAACAACCAGUGAUGACACUUUCAACGUUGCCACAGAGCCACUGGCUCAGCGCCAGCCUCCCCUUGACAGCCAUAGGCCCCGCACGCUGGUGUGCCAUGACAUGAAGGGCGGCUACCUUGAAGACAGAUUUAUCCAGGGCACAGAGGUAGCUGACCCUUACGUGUUCUACCACUGGCGUUACAUUGACAUUUUUGUCUACUUCAGUCAUCAUGCGGUCACGAUCCCACCAGUAGUAUGGACUAAUGCUGCUCACUGCAAUGGUGUCCUCAUGCUGGGGACAUUCAUCACAGAGUGGACCGAGGGUGGGAAGAUGUGUGAGUCCUUCCUGGCUGGAGAGAGUGAAGCAUACCAGGCCGUGGCCAAGCAGUUGGCUGAGAUGGCCCGUUUCUUUUGCUUUGAUGGCUGGCUGGUCAACAUUGAGAACUCUUUAAGUGUAUCAGCAGCCCGGAACCUGCCCCAUUUCUUGCGGUAUUUGACAGACCAAGUGCACCGACUUGUACCUGGAGGACAGGUCAUAUGGUAUGACAGCAUCCUGAGGACUGGGGAGCUCAGGUGGCAGAAUGAGCUUAAUGGGAACAACAAAGUUUACUUUGAUGUUUGUGAUGGUUUCUUUACCAACUACAAUUGGAAGGAGGAGCAUCUUUUGAGGACAAGGGAGCUGGCAGAUGACCGUAGGAUUGAUGUUUACGUUGGGGUGGAUGUUUUUGGACGCGGUGAUGUUGUGAGUGGCGGCUUUGAUACCAACAAGUCACUCCGCAUGAUUCGAGAGCAGGGCCUUUCAGUGGCCAUUUUCGCACCUGGCUGGGUAUAUGAGCAUCUGGGCUCAGAAGACUUCCUGAACAACGAGGACAAAUUCUGGGCACUGUUAUCUGAGCUGCUGCCAGUACAUAGUGUUGGCUCACUCCCCUUUUGUACCAACUUCAAUCUGGGCAUGGGCAAGAGGCAUUUUGUCAAGGGGCAGGAGAGAAGGGCAGAGCCAUGGUACAACCUGAGUGCUCAGGAGAUCCAGCCAAUAUACAUCAACCAGACCAUGCCCAACGGUGCCUGGCUGCGGACCCGGUGCUGCCUGCAAGAUGCCUGGUCCGGGGGCAGCUCCCUGCUGCUGGAGGGGACCAUCCCAACUGAUGUGUAUCAUGUCACAGCAAGGCUCUUUUCAUUCCAGGUGCCAGCCCCCCCUCGAGUGUUCCUGCUCUUGAUAUAUAAACAGGCCUCCCGAGCUGUGUCCUUUGUCCCACAAUUCACCACACGUCGCCAGUUGACCUCAACCUGCCCUCCCAACCCCAAGCCUCCUUCACCAGAACCAGAGAGACAUAACCCUUCCCCACUCCUCACACCUCCUCCCCACAUUGCCCAGUUCCUUAAAGGCUGUGGACAGCAUGGGAAACAUGGCUGGCAAAGCCGGUGCUAUCAGCUGGAGCUUCAGAACUGUUUUCUGGAUGAGCUCUCCAUUACGUUGUCCCGUCGACAGCCUGGACAGGAUGAGCUGUCCUUUGCCUGCCGCCUGGGAAAGAUCUGGGUUCUGGAUGCUGCAGGCCUGCGCACACUUUCACCCACUGCUCUUGCCAGUCUAGUGUUGCCCAUAGAUGUUGCCCAUGUCCAUUGGCACCGGGCUUCUGCUGGUUGGCUCUCCCUCAGUCUCACCUUGCGCUGGAUUUACCCUUCGAGUAAGGCCAACCGCUUCCGUGUGCACUACCGGAGUGGAGCAUGUGCCAGUGGCCCAGAGCCCCCCCUCAUUCUCAUUGGGGAGGCCCAUGCCCCCCUGUACCGGGUGACUGAGCUAAAAGUACCUGAAGCUCAAGAGUCUUCUUCCUGCCGUUUGGAGUUCCUGGUGGAGCCUGUGCCCAAAAAUGGCCUCCAGUUAGAUCCUGCUAUGUGGGGGAAACUGGCCUUUGUGUACUCUGACCCAAAGUUACCCAGCACUACCAACAGUGACACGUUGUAAACUAAUUUAUAUUUGUUGGAUCAUGGCAGUCCUGUUUCUAAAUAAAGGAGAUUCGACUGUAA